AUGCUCCGCGGCAUAAGAUCAAACCCAGCAGCCUUUGCUGCUCGUCUGAAGCCAGUUGCAAUCGCCUUUGCCAGACUGGCCAGAUUAAUCAGCACAACCAAAAGCAAAAAGGCCGUCAACAGCCAUACUUCGCUGGAAAACAGAAGACCACAGCCAGCUCCUUCUUUUGACCAGGGACCUGAGAUUGCCAAAAAGCCAACGGCGCAAGCCAAUGACAUGGAUGACUCUUUCAUUGGCUUGACUGGUGGUGAGAUUUUCCAUGAGAUGAUGUUGAGACACCAGGUCGACACUGUUUUUGGAUACGCCGGUGGCGCCAUUUUACCGGUUUUCGAUGCCAUUUACAACUCGGACAAAUUCAAGUUUGUGUUGCCAAGACACGAGCAAGGUGCCGGACAUAUGGCAGAAGGCUAUGCUAGAGCCACGGGUAAGCCCGGCGUUGUAUUGGUCACCUCCGGUCCAGGUGCCACCAAUGUUGUCACUCCUAUGCAAGACGCCUUGAUGGAUGGUGUGCCUUUGGUUGUUUUCACUGGACAGGUGGUCACCACGUCCAUUGGUACGGACGCUUUCCAGGAAGCCGAUGUCAUUGGCAUUUCCAGACCUUGUACCAAAUGGAACGUGAUGGUCAAGAAUGUGGCUGAACUUCCAAAGAGAAUCAACGAGGCUUUCGAGAUCGCCACCUCCGGCAGACCAGGCCCCGUUUUGGUUGAUUUGCCCAAAGACGUCACUGCUUCCAUCUUGAGAGAAGCCAUUCCAAUCAACACCACCUUGCCAUCCAACGCGUUGUCUCAAAUCACGAAACGCUUCACUGCCAAGUUCACCACGGAGGCCAUUGAGCGCUCCGCCAACCUCCUUAAUAAGGCCAAGAAGCCUGUGCUCUAUGUUGGAGCUGGUAUUCUCAACAGCCCAAAAGGCCCCGAGUUGCUCAAAGAGUUGGCCGACAAGGCGAACAUUCCCGUCACCACCACCAUUCAAGGUUUGGGUGCCUUCGACCAGAAGGAUGAGAAGUCCUUGGACUUCUUGGGUAUGCACGGAAGCGCUGCUGCCAAUACUGCCAUGCAAAACGCCGACUUGAUCAUCGCUCUCGGAGCGAGAUUCGAUGACAGAGUCACGGGUAACGUUAGCUUGUUUGCGCCUGCUGCCAAGCUUGCCGCCGAGCAGGGCAAGGGUGGUAUUAUCCACUUCGAGAUCAGUCCCAAAAACAUCAACAAGGUCGUUGAGGCCACCGAGGCUGUCGAGGGUGAUGUCACCCGCAACUUGGCUUCUUUCAUUCCAUUAGUCAAGGAGGUGAAGGAGAGAAAAGAGUGGAUGGGCCAAAUUAAGGCCUGGAAGGAGCAGUACCCAUACAGCUACAUGUUGGAGACCCCAGGCUCGCGCAUCAAGCCCCAGACCUUGAUCAGAGAAAUCUCGGACCAAUCACAGACUUACGACAAAGAAGUCAUCGUUACAACUGGUGUCGGCCAGCACCAAAUGUGGGCCGCUCAACACUUUUUGUGGAGAAAGCCAAGAACUUUCAUCACUUCCGGUGGCUUGGGAACCAUGGGCUACGGAUUGCCUGCUGCGAUUGGAGCCCAGAUCGGUAAACCAGAUGCGUUCGUCAUCGACAUUGAUGGAGAUGCUUCCUUCAACAUGACCCUCAUGGAGUUGUCGUCUGCAGUGCAGGCAAACGCCCCUGUCAAGAUAUGUGUCUUGAACAAUGAAGAGCAAGGUAUGGUCACUCAAUGGCAGUCUCUCUUCUACGAUCACAGAUACUCGCACACUCAUCAAUCCAAUCCUGACUUCAUGAAGUUGGCAGAGGCAAUGGGUGUUAAGGGUAUCAGAGUUUCCAAGCAAGAGGAAAUGAAGGCCGGCGUCAAGGAGUUCUUGGACUGCACAGGCCCGGUCUUGAUGGAGGUUGUUGUUGAGAAGAAGGUGCCUGUUUUGCCAAUGGUUCCCGGUGGUAAGGCUUUGGACGACUUCAUUGUCUACGAUGCUGAGGUUGAGAGACAAGAGAAGGAGUUGAGACGCGAGAGAACCGGUGGUAAGCAUUAA